AUGACAAAUGAAAAUGUGACGUCGUCUCACCGACGAUGUUCCUCCACCGGCCUAAUACCACGUUCCCACAUUCCGUCCCUCGACCUUUCGCACUCCGUGUCGAACACUUCAGCCAGCUUUUGUGGUGCUUCGCCAUCCAGAGAGCAGCAACGCCAUCGACAGCAGGCAGUCGUCGUCUCCGAUUACAGGCUGCAGCAGCAGAGCAGACAGCGCCAACUGCAGAUGGAGAUGCAAAGACAACAGCAACAGCAGUUUGAGAUGGAGAGAGAGCUGGAGCAGCAAAGGCUGCUGAGGCAACAGCAACUGGAGACUGAGAUAGCUGAACGAGAUAGGCUGAUGAGGGAUCAGCAGUUGGAGCAACGUUUGGUUCCAAGGUUGCCAUCUCAGCAUAAUUUGCCGCUCGAAGUGGAAGCACUGCAGUUUGAUUUGAGAGAUGUACAAAGACAGGUGACUGAAAGGGACGAGCGCGUAUCUCUGCUGCUGCAGCAGCUGACAGCAUUGGAGCAAGACUGUGCUCGUGAUAUUGAUAUCUCGGUUGCAAAACACGAGCGCUCCAAACGGCAGUACGAGCAGGCCCUAGGCGUUGCCAAAAAAACCAGUUCGUUGUCAUCUCAAUCCGAUUCGAAUCCAAGCAGAAGUGACGUCGUGGUCAAUGAUGUCAACAUCCAACAGCCGCCUAAUGUGGUUUCUGAUAAGGAACUGAAGCAGGAGACUGAACGAUGGAAGCAGCAGUUUGAAGAAGUUUGCACACGCAUGUUCAGCAUGGAGCAAGAGACGGAGGAACUGCGCAAGGCGCUCAAACUCGGAGGCGUCCCUUUACCUCCAGCAAAUUCUUUAGUAAUGGGGUCAGAUAUUAAACAACCGACUGAGAUAUCUCCUCCAGUUUGCUCCGAACCCAGUUGCUGUCUUUACUGCAGUGAAGGCGAUGCUGGAGGAGAGGGUUGCACGUGCGGGAUGGCGCUAAAGAUGAGUGUCCAUCAGCUUAGUGCAGAAGAACCUCCAAGACCUUCCGUUUUCCUGCAGAAGAGCAAGCUAAACCUGAAUUCGAAUGAUUUAGAUCAGCCUUCGUCAUCAAUUCUUUCCUCGACUGCACCCAUGCACAGCCUGCAGCAGAAAUCCUCCUGCGACAGCAACGUCACAACAGUGCCAGAAGACACUUUGGCAAAACGUUUGAUGAAAGCUUCAAAUGUGCUCAACAACGAAGUCAAACCGGGAUUGGAAAGUUGCUACACUUUGCAAACCGAUAUUGACGAGGACGAUGAUAGUGAAUUUCAGUUGAAAUUAUCAGAAGUUAUGGACAACGACCUGAACCGCCACAUGCGCAAUACUGUCGAAAAUAUGAUUGAGCAGGCAGUGCGAGGAUCAGAGCAGGAAGUGGCAGCAACUGAUCUUGCUGCAGGUCAAGGGAAGCAGCAAGCAUUGUGCACCACUGAGCAAUUGCUGCAGGAGGCUGUUAAUGUCGUCAAUUCUGCUGAACGGUGGCGUUUGAACAAUGUUAAUAAUGCUAGUAACCUCGAUAUUCUAAAAUGCCAAUUGCAAAAUGCCAAAAGUGAAGCUUCCAAUACUCAAACUCAGCUCAAGCACAAAAUCCGAGAACUCGAAGACGAUGUGAAGCGAUACAGGAACUUGAGUCCUGCCAAUAGUGGCACUGUCGCCGUCUGCACUGGACAAGAGUUGUGUCUAUGGGAUCCCCAACAACUGUUCAUGCUUUCGAAGCCUUCAGCAGGCGACUGCUCUGCAACUCUCCUCGAACAAAUCGAGGACGAAGAAGAAGACCUGGAAGUGCAGGUUAUUGAUCCUGAACUUCGCAGUGAAGUGGCGCAGGCUAACGAGGAAUUGAGGGACAGGAUGAGGGAUUUGGAGCAGAUGCUCCUACGCUUUGGGUCGCAGCAGCAACUGUUGAGCAGUGGAGGCAGUACUGCGUGCUCGUUACUACUGGAGAUGUUGGGACAGGAAGUCAGUCAAUUGAAGCAGGCAGCAAGUCGCGCAUCCAUGUCCUCCGGUACUACUGCACUGCGUUUGCAAGCAGCAUUGCUUCAUGAAAGGCGAAUCUCGAAGGCGCGCAAGGAUGCACUCGGAGCUAAAGACAAGGAAGUGGAAGCUUGCCAUGGUGAAUUGCAAGAUCUUACAAAACAUAUGGCAAGUCUAUCUCAUGAUCUGAGCAAGUUGUCUGGAAGAAUGAAGAUGCAGAAGACGGAAUCGAUGAUGCAUAAAGAAAAUGCUGACGAACUGCAGAGAGCUUUACGUCACAAGACAAACGCAAUGGAGCACAAAGACGAUGAAAUCAGAAUUUUGCGCGAAAAGUUGGACGAUGCAACUGUGACGAAUGCGAAAACCAGGUCUGAGUUGCUCCGCCUGCAGCAAGAGACUGACGGCUGGGAUCUGCGUCGAAAUGAGUUGGAACGCGAUUUGGAGGCGACCAGAAAUGAACUAAGCGAAGAACGUUCGUUGCGCAGGAGGGAGCAGGAGUUUCGGGAAUCGGCAAGAACGGAAACUGCCGAAUUGGAAUACGAAAGAGAUCGUUUGGUUGAUGAGUUGCAGAGUGCGCGGUUGAAAAUCGGCGAAUUGUCUGAGGAAUCGCAUAAACUCAGGGAACUUUUGCGUAGUAAUGAAGCUGCUUUCACGGAGCAGAAUUAUGAACUUCAGGAUUUGAAAAGACGGGAAGCCGAGGCCAGCAGAGAAGCCCAUUCGCUCAGGUGCGAUCUCCGUGCAGCAGAAACCGACGCCUGCGCCAAAAGUGCCGAAGUGGACGAGCUACUUGGUCAGCGCGAACGUUUGGAGGCGGUCUGCGCCAAACAGCGCGACCGUAUGCGUCAACUUGCUGGUGAAUUGGCUGCUGCUUACGAUAGAAGUGGACAUGGGGUUUCUGGAAGUGUUGGUGGUCAUGGGGUUUCUGGAGGUGUUGGUGGAAAUGGAGCAGGAUUACAAACUGGUGGUGGACCAGCGAUGGCGUUAUUGGGAAAUAAUACAAGUGGCGGUGGUGUUGAAGGCGGGGAUGCUAAUAGUGCUGAAUGCGAAAGGUGCGCCAUUCAGCAGUCGCGCACAGCCGAAAUAUCAAAGCUCCUGGAUAAAUUGACCUACGAGAAUGCAGAGUUAAGGCGGAUGCUUGAUUCACUAGCGCGGGAAAUGGCGGACAAUAUCUUGCCUAAAAUCACUGCAAGCGGCCUUGUUCAUCAGCAGUUCCAGCAGCAAGAUAUUGUUUGUGGUGCUAUGAAUGUAACAUCUGUCCCGUCGCCACCUGCGCCACCGCCUCCGGUUUCGAAAUCCAUGUUGUCUGGAAGCCGCAUAUUCGAUCUUCGAUCAAAAAUCGAGCGAUUUCUUCUAUCUGCAAACUCUUCAGAGGAUACCAUCAUUCAGCCACCAGAAAACAUCUGCAAAAAAACUGUGACGAAAGAUGAAGUCGAACGCAGCAUGGAUCACAUCCGCCAAGCACUAGCAGAAACGUCACAGUUGCAGCAGCAGCAAAAGUUGGAGCAGCUCGAGCAGCAGCACCAGCAGAUGCUGAAGCAACAGAAAUUGGAAGAGCAGCAGCAGCAGCCGCAGCAUCAGCAGCUGAUGCCACAGCUGGUGCAGCACCAGCGGCAGCCUCACUCCUGGGACGGAGUGCUGAGCAGCAAACAAUCCGGUACAGGAUCCAGACAAGCUGAUGUUCCGACUGGUCGCUUCGAUGGUGGUCAGGUACAAGAACAGUUCCAAGAGACUAUGAGGGAAAAGAAUCAACACUAUAAUGAUGGUAUAUAUGCAGGUCUGCAGAACGAGGCAGAAUUUGAGAUUGAGAAUAUGUACAGCGUUUCAGGGACUUCCGUCACAUUCAUCGUACCGCCAAGUCCUUUACGAUUUAUCACAUCCGAUGAGAUAAGCACAAAGAUGUCAACUGAUACAUUAUUAAAUGACCAAACAACAUUUGCCAGAGCCUUAAGGGAGAGGAGCGAAUCUCCUCGUAACAAUGAUUCUAGAAGAUAUCCUGAUAACAACCUGCUGCUGGGAAAUACAAGACAAGACGAGGAUAUUCUGAUGGGCGAUUUGAAAAAUGAACAAGUAGUUGGAAAAGGUUUGGACGUAUUGAACAAAUACUUUGAUUUAGAUGCUUCACAAGUAGACAGAAAGUAUUGUUUCGACAAUGCCAACAAUAAACAACUAGUAGUACACGACGACUUCACAAAAAAUAAUUGGAAUGAUGAAAGAAAAUCACCAGAACGAAUCUCUUUUGAUGAAGCCGCUCCUCAUACUGGCGAAGUGGAUUAUUGCAAUGAUGUCAAGAUUAUUUAUACAAAUCAGAAAAGCAUUUUUAGGAGUGAAGAUGAUUGCAGCAGCAAGCGUUGUCGUUCACCUGAAAAACAUUUAGAAAGCCAACAGAAGGAGCAGCAAACAAAACAUGCAUCACAGCAGCAGGAGCAGCAGGACAAGGACCGAGAUGCAAAGGCGGAUUAUCGAGCCACAGGGGACUAUGAACAGCGCAACGAAAACAACCCCUCUUCCAACAAUCCAAACAACAAUCAAUCCAAAAAAUCAUCCUUCACCAAAAGAGAAAACAAUGCAACAGACAUCCGACUUGUCUCGGACACCUCUAAACCAGAAUUAAUGGAUCGGCAGAAAAAGCAUCGACCAUCUACCCGCGCUAAAGUCAAAGAAAAACAACAGUUCUGCGAAGAUCCUUUCGACAGAAGACGUGUCCUCCAGCAGCAAGAGAACGCUCAAUCCCAGCCGCAACAUCAUAGACAUUUGCAGCAGGUGGCCAGACAGUUGAGGACGGUUCUUAAAUGUGGAGUUGCCCAGAAUUAUGCUCAGUUGAGGGAGCAACACCUGCAGCAGAAGGAAGUGAAGUUGAAGAGUCGAGAUGGAUCGCCGACUCCGAGCGAUGUUACGUGUUCUUCUAAGAAUUCUUCGAGGCGACCAGAGACCAGACUUAGAGUAAAUGAAGGUGCAAUUGCAAAACGUCGUUUGCCGGCCAAGUCCAAUCAGCAACCCUCUACUCCUCCGAUUCCAUUGACCAUGUUGCGUCCUCCUGUUGCAGAAACAGCAUCGUCUGUUGAAAGACAGGGCACUGGCAAAGUGAAAAAACUGCGCAAGCAGAUCAUAAGGAUGCAGAAGGAAUUGGAUAACGAGCGCAGAUACAACGAAAUUUUGAUGCGCGAGUACGACAGAGAAAGUGCAAUGUUGCGUCGUCUGCGGAAGAAUGGUGCUGUGAAGAACUUGACAAAGAAAUGCAAAAUUGGUGCACCAGGAGGAUUGGCCACGGAGCUGCAAGCUUCUUCUGCUUUGCAAAAUCAGCAGAAUAAAGUAACAGCGCUUGAGAAUUCAGUCAACUUUCUUCAGAAGCGUUUGGAGAAACACACACAUCGCUCCAGAUCCAUGUAA